GUCAAAAACAGCGCUGUCAUAUGUCAAAUCAAUUAAGAAAAAAAAUUAUAAAUGCUUAACAAAACAUAAUUUUUGUUAUGUUUUUCAAUAAAAAUAAUGCGAAUAUGCAUGGCUUCAGACUUCUUCUUUCCCAGUAUCGGAGGCGUAGAGGAACACAUAUUCAACUUAUCACAAAUUCUACUCUCCCAUGGUCACAAAGUUAUUGUAAUAACACACUCCUAUGGUGACCGCACUGGUAUACGCUACAUGACGAAUGGAUUAAAAGUCUAUUAUCUACCAAUUACCGUCUUCUACAAUCAAUGUAUUCUUCCGACUAUGGUUUGUAAUAUUCCAUUGCUGCGAUGUAUAUUAUUACGUGAACAAAUCGACAUUGUUCAUGGCCAUUCGGCAUUUAGCGCUUUAGCUCAUGAAGCUAUGUUAAUAGGAAAAUUAUUAGGUUUAAGAACAGUUUUUACAGAUCACAGUCUUUUUGGAUUUGCUGAUCUUUCGGCUGUAGUAACAAAUAAGUUUUUAGAAAUAAGCUUAUCGACUUGUAACCAUUGUAUAUGCGUUUCUCACAUAGGAAAAGAAAAUACUGUCUUGAGAGCCAGAGUUCACAAGGACAAAGUUUCUGUUAUCCCAAAUGCAGUUGACACUGCCCAUUUUACUCCCGAUCCAACAAAAAGACCUCAAGAUGGAACCAUUAAUAUUGUAGUUGCGUCUCGGCUAGUUUAUCGAAAAGGUAUCGAUUUGCUAGCUGCCCUGAUUCCACGCUUUAAACGAAUGACAAAUAUAAACUUCAUAAUCGCUGGCGAAGGUCCAAAACGUGACACUUUGGAAGAAGUUCGCGAAAAAGCAAACAUGCAGGAACGUGUAGAAAUUGUAGGAUCAGUUGAACAUUCCAAAGUUCGUGAUAUUCUUGUACGUGGCCAUAUAUUUGUGAAUACCUCGCUAACCGAAGCAUAUUGCAUGGCUAUCGUUGAAGCAGCUUCGUGUGGCUUACAAGUGGUUUCAACUUGUGUUGGUGGCAUUCCAGAAGUUCUGCCUUCAAAUUUGAUAAUUCUUACAGAUCCCGAAGUCGAUUCGAUUUAUGAGGGAAUUCUUAAAGCCAUAUCCCGUUUAAAUUUAAGUAAACCCGAUAUGAAUGGACAUGUGAUAAAUGCAGAAGGAAAACACUCGAUGACAAAUGGAUCAAUUGGAAAAAAGUUGGGAAAGAAUUUCAAGAAAUUGAAAGGAAAAACUUUACAACAAAAACCAACUGCCAGUAAAAUUAUUAAUAAUGAUGAUGCGGUACUUUGUCCCUUUAGAUGCAACGAAAUCGUAGCAAGUUUGUAUAAUUGGGAAAAUGUAACGCAACGUACUGAGAAGGUUUACCAAAGAAUAUUAAAUGAGUCUGAUCCGACUCUGGGAGAGAAACUAGUGGCUGUACUUCAUAGUGGGGUUUGGCCAUAUUUGAUUGUAGUUUCUUUAUGUCAUUUGUUGUUAAUGUUUAUGGAAUAUAUUCGACCGAGAAGACUUAUCGAGAGGGCUAGAGAAUUUCCAAGAAAAUCAACAAAAUAAUCGCAUUUUAAAUUUAUAAAAAAAAAAUUAACUAGAAAAUUCGUUUUUAUUUGAAAACAAAAAUUGCUUAUUUAAUACAAUAAACAACAGUAUUAAAAAAAUGGUAUGCUAA